AUGGAGCCCGGGCCCACGGCGCCCUCCUCCGGUGCCCCAAGGCUGGCUGGGGUCGGGGAGAUGCCGCCAGCCGCCGCGCUGGCCGCCGCCGGUGUAGAGCUGCCCGGCACGGCGGUGCCCUCGGUGCCGGAGGAUGCCGCGGCCGCGAGCCGAGACGGCGGUGGGGUCCACAGUGAGGGUGCCGCGGCGGCCGGGGACGGGCCGGGUAGACCCCUGGGGCCCACCCCGAGCCAGAGCCGCUUCCAGGUGGACCUGGUUUCCGAGAACGCCGGGCGGGCCGCGGCGGCGGCGGCGGCGGCGGCGGCGGCUGGGGCUGGGGGCAAAGAGAUCCCCGCGGAUGGGAAGGUCAGCAGCGAGAGCGGGCCGGCCAAGGCUAGCGAGGAAGCCAAGGGCCGCUUCCGCGUGAACUUUGUGGACCCAGCUGCCUCCUCGUCGGCGGAAGACAGCCUGUCGGAUGCCGCGGGGGUCGGAGGCGACGGGCCCAGCGUGAGCUUCCAGAACGGCGGGGACACGGUGCUGAGCGAGGGCAGCAGCCUGCAUUCGGGCGGCGGCGGCAGUGGGCACCACCAGCACUACUACUAUGAUACGCACACCAACACCUAUUACCUGCGCACCUUCGGCCACAACACCAUGGACGCUGUGCCCAGGAUCGACCACUACCGGCACACGGCCGCGCAGCUGGGCGAGAAGCUGCUGCGGCCCAGCCUGGCGGAGCUCCACGACGAGCUGGAAAAGGAACCUUUUGAGGAUGGCUUUGCAAAUGGCGAAGAAAGUACUCCAACCAGAGAUGCUGUGGUCACAUAUGCUGCAGAGAGUAAAGGAGUUGUGAAGUUUGGCUGGAUCAAGGGUGUAUUAGUACGUUGUAUGUUAAACAUCUGGGGUGUGAUGCUCUUCAUUAGAUUGUCAUGGAUUGUGGGUCAAGCUGGAAUAGGUCUGUCAGUCAUUGUAAUAAUGAUGGCUACUGUUGUGACAACUAUCACAGGAUUGUCCACUUCAGCAAUAGCUACUAAUGGAUUUGUAAGAGGAGGAGGAGCAUAUUAUUUAAUAUCUAGAAGUCUAGGGCCAGAAUUUGGUGGUGCAAUUGGUCUGAUCUUUGCUUUUGCCAAUGCUGUUGCAGUUGCUAUGUAUGUGGUUGGAUUUGCAGAAACUGUGGUGGAGUUGCUUAAGGAACAUUCCAUUCUUAUGAUAGAUGAAAUCAAUGAUAUCCGAAUUAUUGGAGCCAUUACAGUGGUGAUUCUUUUAGGUAUCUCAGUAGCCGGAAUGGAGUGGGAAGCAAAAGCUCAGAUUGUUCUUUUGGUGAUUCUACUUCUUGCCAUUGCUGAUUUCAUCAUAGGAACAUUUAUCCCAUUGGAGAGCAAGAAGCCCAAAGGUUUCUUUGGUUAUAAAUCUGAAAUAUUUAAUGAGAACUUUGGGCCAGAUUUUCGAGAGGAGGAGACUUUCUUUUCUGUAUUUGCCAUCUUUUUUCCUGCUGCAACUGGUAUUCUUGCUGGAGCAAAUAUCUCAGGUGAUCUUGCAGAUCCUCAGUCAGCCAUACCCAAAGGAACACUCUUAGCCAUUUUAAUUACUACGUUGGUUUACGUAGGAAUUGCAGUAUCUGUAGGUUCUUGUGUUGUUCGAGAUGCCACUGGGAACGUUAAUGACACUAUUGUAACAGAGCUAACAAACUGUACUUCUGCAGCCUGCAAAUUAAACUUUGACUUUUCAUUUUGUGAAAGCAAUCCUUGUUCCUAUGGCCUAAUGAACAACUUCCAGGUAAUGAGCAUGGUGUCAGGAUUUGCACCAUUAAUUUCUGCAGGUAUCUUUUCAGCUACUCUUUCUUCAGCAUUAGCAUCCCUUGUCAGUGCUCCCAAAAUAUUUCAGGCUCUAUGUAAAGACAACAUCUACCCAGCUUUCCAGAUGUUCUCUAAAGGUUAUGGAAAAAAUAAUGAACCUCUUCGUGGCUACCUCUUAACAUUCUUAAUUGCUCUUGGAUUCAUCUUAAUUGCUGAACUGAAUGUUAUUGCUCCGAUUAUCUCUAACUUCUUCCUUGCAUCAUAUGCAUUGAUCAAUUUUUCAGUAUUCCAUGCAUCACUUGCAAAAUCUCCAGGUGAUUUAACAUUCUUUAAAACUUUUAUGAUGAUGCUGAGUAUGUUAGGAUUGGUCCGUAGUUGCAGUGUAGUACACGUUUUAAUUGUGUCUGUAAUUGGUGUUUCGCUACAUGAACACUGUCUUCCCGCAGAUGUGAACUGGGGAUCCUCUACCCAAGCCCUGACUUACCUGAGUGCACUGCAGCAUUCGAUUCGUCUUUCUGGAGUGGAAGACCACGUGAAAAACUUUAGGCCACAGUGUCUUGUUAUGACGGGUGCUCCAAACUCACGCCCAGCUUUACUUCAUCUUGUUCACGAUUUCACAAAGAAUGUUGGUUUGAUGAUCUGUGGCCAUGUACAUAUGGGCCCUCGAAGGCAAGCCAUGAAAGAGAUGUCCAUUGAUCAAACCAAAUAUCAGAGAUGGCUUAUUAAAAACAAAAUGAAGGCAUUUUAUGCUCCAGUACACGCAGACGACUUGAGAGAAGGCGUACAGUACUUGAUGCAGGCUGCCGGUCUUGGUCGUAUGAAACCAAACACACUUGUCCUUGGAUUUAAGAAAGAUUGGUUGCAAGCAGAUAUGAGGGAUGUGGAUAUGUAUAUAAAUUUAUUUCAUGAUGCCUUUGACAUACAAUAUGGGGUAGUGGUUAUUCGCCUAAAAGAAGGUCUGGAUAUAUCUCAUCUUCAAGGACAAGAAGAAUUAUUGUCAUCACAAGAGAAGUCUCCUGGCACCAAGGAUGUGGUGCUAAGUGUGGAGUAUAGUAAGAAAUCAGAUUUAGAUACUUCCAAACCACCUGGUGAAAAAACUAUUACACAGAAAGACGAGGAAGAGGAUGGCAAGACUCCAACUCAACCACUGUUGAAAAAAGAAUCCAGAGGCCCUAUUGUGCCUUUAAAUGUAGCUGACCAAAAGCUUCUUGAAGCCAGUGUACAGUUUCAGAAAAAACAAGGAAAGAACACUAUUGAUGUCUGGUGGCUUUUUGAUGAUGGAGGUUUGACCUUAUUGAUACCUUAUCUUCUGACUACCAAGAAAAAGUGGAAAGACUGUAAGAUCAGAGUAUUCAUUGGUGGAAAAAUAAACAGAAUAGACCAUGACCGGAGAGCGAUGGCUACCUUGCUUAGUAAGUUCCGGAUAGACUUCUCAGAUAUUAUGGUCCUAGGAGAUAUCAAUACCAAACCAAAGAAAGAAAAUAUUGUAGCUUUUGAUGAAAUGAUUGAGCCAUACAGACUUCACGAAGAUGAUAAAGAACAAGAUGUUGCAGAUAAAAUGAAAGAAGAUGAACCAUGGCGAAUAACAGAUAAUGAGCUUGAGCUUUAUAAGACCAAGACAUACCGGCAGAUCAGGUUAAAUGAACUACUAAAGGAACAUUCAAGCACAGCUAAUAUUAUUGUCAUGAGUCUUCCAGUUGCACGAAAAGGUGCUGUGUCUAGUGCUCUCUACAUGGCAUGGCUAGAAGCUCUAUCUAAGGACCUACCACCAAUCCUCCUAGUCCGUGGGAAUCAUCAGAGUGUCCUUACCUUCUAUUCCUAA